AUAGAUCCCGGAACGACGCAUAAGAUUUCGCUUGGCUGAUUCACAGUGACGCACAGCUUUUGUCCGUCACUUCACGCUCACGCCGUUUCCUUUGUAUGCCUGUUCUCAUAUCAAGUCGACGUUGUCGCCGUGAAGCCUUGACGAAGACGGGAGAUACGUCUGCAAGCCAUGUCCCAACGAGGAGAAGGUUUGACCGGUCUUUUCCAUGGUCGUAGAAAAUCGUAAUCCUGAAGAGAAGUGGAAUUCACUUUGCACUUAGGAAUCGUGGCAUCCGAAAAAUGAAAGUGAACCUCACCACGGCUCUAGACGUGGAAGAUGAUUCACGCACAGGCAUUGCUGUUCCAAGGGAAAUACGAGAUACCUAGAGAGGGCUGAAGAAGAGGGUAUAAAUCUCCCGAAUGAGACUUCACUUUUCCGUCAGUAAAGCCUUAUUCUAUCUCAUGUUACGUUGUUGUGCUGCUGCUCAACGCUCGCAAAACUCCACCGCCACGCAGGGCCGCAUGCCGAUCUAGCGCACGACUUUCCAACCUCACUUACGCUGCGCACACAAAACAGCAGCCCGCAAUGAAUGGGAGACUUCUCGCAAUGCCACACUCAAGUGGUGACACUAUUCCGGGCGAUAUCAUCGUCCAGCCAGAACUCAAUUUCAACAUUCACACGGGUGGAAACCUAAAAGGAAAUGAUCUUGCCGUCUGUGACUCGACGACUUCGAUGCCAAGAUCUUCAGUAGCAACAACACCAGGCUUUGGCCUGCCUACUCCGGACGCCUCCAUUGAGCUCAUUGGCAGCGGUGUUAAAGUCUUAUUACACGCAAUUCGAGACCUUGAGCGUCAUGGCAUUGAUGCCGCAGCAAGCAUGCCAUUGCCAAAGAUUGUCGUGGUCGGUGACCAAAGCGCGGGGAAAAGUUCCCUUAUCGAAGCGAUAUCAGAAAUCAGCGUGCCUCGGGAUUCAGGUACCUGUACUCGAUGCGUGUUGCACAUCAACUUGCGCGAUGAGCCCACCUCCCAGUGGCGAUGCGAUGUCUCACUAGUGCAGAAGUACUCACCAACUGGAGACCCGAACUCUCCUCUUUUCCCCUGGACCGAAAUGGGUCAAACAGUUCACCAUUUCAAGACUGUUUACGACAAGCAAGACCUUGAGAACGUUAUUCGACGAGCUCAAGUGGCCACAUUGAACCCCCAGGAAGAUUAUCGUCGUUAUCUCAACUGUCGAAAUGUUAGCAAGGAAGCGCUGAAAUUCCCGUUCAGUCCAAACAUAAUCUCCCUUGAGAUUUUCGCGCCUGGUCUACCAGAUCUGUCGUUUUAUGAUCUUCCAGGUAUCAUCUCCCAGUCACCAGACGGCGGUCAAGAAACUGUGCAACUGAUCAGUAAGCUCGGAGAGAUAUACAUGUCACAAGAAAACACAAUCAUUUUGCUCGCCGUUCCUAUGGAGAUUGAUAUUGACAAUUCAAUGGCCUCGGCUUUAGUGGACAAGGUCGGCGCCAAUCAUCGCACUAUUGGUGUGUUGACAAAGCCAGAUCGUCUUCAAUCCGAUGACAGGGUGGAUGUGUGGAAAUCUGUCCUUCAAGGCCAGAAUUUUCGCAAAGGACACGGCUACUUUGUGGUAAAACAGCCGAGUCAAGCAGACUUGAACGACGGCAUAAGCCACGGCGAAGCUCGGGUUUCUGAGCAAAAUUUCUUCAAUUCGGUCUUUUGGACUGCGCGAUUCGGAGACAUCGAUGUAAAAGACCGUCUCGGCACGCGCAAUCUGCAGAGGAACCUAUCAGACAAGUUGGCACAUCUCAUUCUUGAAGUCAUGCCCAAAUUAGAAGACCAGGUGGUUUGCAAGCACGCUGAAGUGGAGGAUCAACUUGCUGAGCUACCUGAGCCUCCACAGAACGCUCUGCAGGUGGUUAGUCAAGCUGUCAUCGACUUCACCCAAGCCGUACGCUCUAUGAUUGAUGGAACAGAGCCUAAUAUCCUUACCGAGUCCUGGAAGAAGAUCAAAAAUGAAUUUCAUGAGUCCAUAAUCAACGGUCAACGUCCAACCUUACUUGUCGCAUCUCCAGAAUACGAAGCCGAUGACGGAAGGUCUUCUCCUGCUCCAACUCCAUGCAAGAUCAACUACACUCCCUCGAAGCUAGUGAAGCGCAACACGCAGAUCAUUGACCUGUCUUCUGAUGAUGAGGAAAUCGUCACACCAACCAAGAAACGCAAGGACGCAAAUGGCACACCAAAGAUGACGGCUAGAUCUUCCAAAAGAGAAGACAGUAUCUGCUCGGUAAUUCCAAUCGCCCGUGAUCGUGAGUGCACCCUUGAUUUCUUAGGUACAGGUUCCACUCUACGAAAAUCAUUCACUCUGGCAGAACUGCGCACCACGUUAGACUCGUUCAGCACCUCUGGAUUGCCUUCAGUGGUCGAGCUUAAGGCGGUAGAUCAUAUGAUCCUUUUGACCCUUGAGAACUGGAAAGAUCCACUGAAAGUUCUGUUAAACAAUCUGAAAUCAGCCAUGCAGAAUUCUUUAGCGAAGAGCUUACAAGACAAGGUUUAUCAGUGGCGCGCGACCAAGCUCUUUGAAGAGAUGCAAGAAGCGUACCGGAAUUUUCUCAAUCGUCACAUGGAGUCCAUGACACAAUAUGUCUUUCGUGCACUUAAGAUCGAAAGGGUUAAGCCCAUUACACGGGAUGAGAAGUUGAUGUCGCGCUAUGUCAAAGAAGAACAAGCGAUACUUGAAGCAGCUCGUCUCAAAAAGCGGUACAUGGAGUAUGCCAGGGAGCUUGAGAAGAAAUAUGGCAAAGAAGUCAAUAAGAAUUGGGACGACAAGACCAGGAAGCAAGCUACCGAAGUCCUUGAUGCGGAUCCAUACAGCCGUGAGGUCGGAGUCAUGGCAAGAAUUCGCGCAUACUAUCAGAUAUCCGCAAUGCGAUUUGUAGAUCAGGUAGUACAAGCCGUCGAAGCCGAGCUGCUCAUCAAGUUUCGGGAAGAAUUGUACCACGAUCUCAUGACAGCUUUGCAAGUGUUUGGCGAGGAUGGAUAUAAAAACGCCAAUCGUCUUGUUGCCGACGAUGUCGAGCGUGAGGAACGCCGGUCUUUACUCAAAGAACGAAAGCGACGUCUCGAGCAGGCCAGCGACCGUAUCAAGCAAAUGCACUUGGAUUUCUGUGGACAAAAUCCAGUCCGACAUGGCUCCUAGAAAGAUGGAUUUCGCCUAGAAGUGAUAUGAAAUGCGUAGUUGUGUCGGUGCUGCGCCCUGCCUGUACUUAAUUUGUGUAGCUGAGUUCCUCGCUGCAUUGAAUCGUUUCAUACAGAUGGAGCGAAUAUACAUUGUCGUGCAAUCAAAAGAAAC